CGGGAACGGGGUCUUGGCUGUGGAAGCCAGAGCAAGGCAAAUGGCUUCCCUUCGGUGGGUGCUGGGAAAGUUCUAAGGAGAGAAGAGCGGCUCUGUGACGACAUGCAAUCCCCGGGAGGUGGGGCCUCGCGUUGCCGCCCAAUCAGAUGGAGAUGGGCUUCUGGGCGGAGCCAAGGGAAGCCCUAGGAAAUAGCUUUUUGGGAAUUGGGGACCCCCCAUGUGGGAGGCUCGGGAAGGGACGCGGCUGAAGUACUUUGUAGAGAGCUGAUGCCGUGACUCGGGGCCCAGUGGAAAAGCCCACGCUAGCCCCCCCUCCCCCAGAAACUUUAAUCUUGGUCGUGGGGAACAUAUUUAGCGCAGAAGGACGUGACCCCCGACUUCCUCUUUAAAAGCCCCCCAGAACCUGGACUGAGUUCAGCGGACCCUAGUGUUUGAGCGCCCAGGUCAGGGAAUCAAGGUUGGAGAGCGGCUAGUUGGGAUGCUUCGCUGCCUAGGGUACAUCGGGGGUUCGGUUUUUUUGAGGAGAGUGGGUCCUGCAAAUAGGGGGGUUGGUCUUAGCUUCGAGGAGGUGGUGGGCGCGGCUUCCGGGCUUUCUCUUAAGAUGGCCAGGCUCCUCCUGGGUUUAGAGGCUGGAACGGGCUGGGGUUGAGUUUUCGAGUCUGGUAGUGACCUGGGGUUGGGUCUGAGGUCGGAUGGUGUAUUUGGUCUGAGCAUUGAGUGUCAGCUUGGGGUGCAGCCGGUUUUGGAGGCUCGGGAAGUUUGCAAUUCAAAAUGACAUCCGUUCCGAGGCGUUGUGUCCACCUGCCCUCGCUUCGGGGUGAGGAGUCCCUUCCUGGCCGUGUUGGAUUGCUGCGCGAUCGGGCCUGAAUGGGGCCCGGAUUUGCCGUCUUCUUGGCGGCUCUGGCUCACUGCCUGCUCCCCGCGAGGUGCUGUAUCAUUUGUGACCGUCUGGUCGUCACAGCGCUCAAGUCUUUAGAAAGAGAUUACCUGCCCGGCCACCUGGACACCAAGCAUCACAAAACCUUCAUGAAAAGGGUGCUGGAUGCGGUAAAGGAUUUUAAGGAUCUCCCGUUGGACGAGACCAGCUUUAUGGGGGCCAUUGAUGAGGACACGCUAGAACAGGCAUCCUGGAGUUUUCUGAAGGAUCUGAAAAGAAUCACAGACAGUGAUGUGAAAGGCGAGCUCUUCGUGAAGGAGCUAUUCUGGAUGCUUCACCUUCAAAAGGACACAUUUGCCAACUAUGCUAUUCAGUUUCAAAAAGAAGUUUAUUGUCCCAACAAAUGUGGGACGAUGUUGCAGGUUCUGAUCUGGUGCAACGAAUGUGAGAAGCAGGUCCAUGCUUGUCGGAAGUCCUACGAUUGCGGAGAGCACAGCGUGAAGGUGCACGAGAUGGAGGACAUCAUCCUGGACUGUCACCUCAAUUGGCACCAUGCUUCCCAAGGCCUCGCGGACUACAGCUUUUACAGGGUUUGGGGGAACAAUUCUGAGACCUUGGUGUCCAAGGGGAAGGAGCCCAUCAUGACCAAGCCCUUAGCCGGUCCCGACGACGCAGGCAACUAUCGCUGCGAACUAGGCACCGUGAAUUCCGGCCCAGCCACGAUCAUCCGGUACCGAGUCACAGUGUUGCCCCAGAGGGGGGUGGCCGAGGACUCAAUGGGACAUGUUGUAAGCCAAGAUGAGGAGUCCGACGAGAUAAGCCCAGCAGUCGCGAUUCCCUGGCACGAGACGACCAUCUACCCAACUCGUAAGCCAGAGAAGAAGUUGAAACCCGGCCUUUUAGCGCUAGUGAUUGUCGCCUGUGUUUUGGUGCUACUCUGCUGUAUUGCCUUAAUGUUUUGCUGGACCAAGAAAAAGAAAUCGAAAUCCAAGGGUGGCGGGGAAUCUGAUCAGCAAGAAGGAGGAGGGGAAGGAGAAGGGGAAGGGGAAGGGGAAGGGGAUGAGGGAAAUGCUGAACAGAAGGAAGCUGAAGAGGAAGAAGGCGAGGCGUCCGAGGAACAAGAAUAAAGAUUGGCUUUUAUUUUUUAAUUUUGGCCUUAAGUGUCUGACUCACUCCUCAGACAGAUCCUAACUUUUGGCCCCU